AUGACCGUCAUCAGACCGAGGGAUGAGGGCGGACAUAUCAGAGGCGUGGAUGGAUAUGUAGCUUGGCCAGCUGACCAGCAUGGCUCAAACAGCCGAGCCAUCAUUACCCAGACCGGCACCAACAAGUCAACAACAACAAACACCAAUCUCAGAAGGGAAGAUUCCCUGAUUCACGACGGAAAGCCUCGAGACGAAUUGGUCAUGCCCAUACAUAGACUCCAGUCCAAAUCCUUCUCACCCUCGCCUAAACAUGAAGAUGGGCAUCAGGCAAGGUGA